UUUGGAGUCAGCCGCCAAACGGCAAACUCUGGAAAGACGCACGUUUUAGUCUCUCCUCUCUCUUCUGUUCUUCGGUGUGUCUCGCGUGUCUGCGCAGCAGUGUCCGUGUAAGUGAGUGAGUGUGUGUGCGUGUGUAUGUGUAUAUGUGUGUUUUCCCGUAGAGCUCAGAGAGAGAGAGAGAGAGAGAGAGAGAGAGAGAGAGAAACGUUGAAGUUUCCGGACGCGGCCAUUUCUCUAAGCCCUACACGGAUCUGCGAUGGCACUCAUCAGCAGCAAGAGUGUGGCUUAAAAAAAGGGGAAAAGUUGCUGCGGAACACCAAGCGGACGCCUUGCACUCACGCGGAAUUUAAAACGACUGGGAUUUUUUUUUAAUCCGUGACAACAUUUGUGGAAUUGCUUGCAUUUGGUUUUGCGAAAUCAUCACCCGAAUCCAGAUCUCGACCAAAAAAGAAAAGUGUCACGCGGAGUUUGCAGUGCGUCUGUUGCCUGUGUAUCUGUCUCUAUCCGCAGCGCGCACGCGACUGCGGCGGCGGUGCUGGUGGUUGUGGUGCUGAAGUCCAAACCCGCAGCACAGGUCCAUAAUGUCCUCAGACUCAAGACAAGGCUGAACAUCAAUCUGCAGCAAAUAGUUGACUCGAAAUCUACUUCUGCCCAACACUGUCAGGACAAUGGCUUCCCACCAUAGAGAAUUGAACUGUUUAUUAGUUUCUUGUUGCUUCUUUGUUUCUUUGCUUCCCCUCUCCAACUCAAGGCCACAGCAGCCUUCCAUUGCAUCAAAAGUGGACAAGGACUACAGAACAUUCCAUGCUGAGAACCCAGAAUGGACUUUUAACCACCUGGCUGUGGAUUAUAGAAAUGGGAAUGUGUACCUCGGUGUAGUGAACCGCAUUUAUAAGCUCUCACAAGAACUCGACGUGCUGGUGUCGCAUCAAACCGGGCCGGAGGAGGACAACCGCAACUGCUACCCACCACGAAUUGUGCAGCCUUGUAGCGAGCCACUGACGCUCACCAACAAUGUCAAUAAAAUGCUACUAAUCGACUAUAGAGCAAAUCGGCUGCUAGCCUGCGGGAGCCUCUACCAGGGUAUCUGCAAGCUGCUUCGCCUGGAUGAUCUCUUUAAACUUGGAGAGCCCUUUCACAAGAAAGAGCAUUACCUCUCAGGUGUCAAUGAGAGUGACUCAGUUUUUGGCGUCAUUGUGUCUUAUGGUAACACCUCACCUGACAAGCUGUUUGUGGCCACAGCAGUGGAUGGGAGGCCAGAGUACUUCCCAACCAUCUCAAGUCGCAAACUGGCUCGCAAUUCAGAGGAGGAUGGCAUGUUUGCCUAUGUCUUCCAUGAUGAGUUUGUGGCCUCCAUGAUCAAGAUCCCAUCAGAUACCUUUACCGUGGUGCCUGAUUUCGACAUCUAUUAUGUCUAUGGCUUUGCCAGCGGUAACUUUGUCUACUUCCUGACACUGCAGCCAGAAAUGGGUGGCGGUCCGGCUGCGGGUUCGUCCUCGGCCAACCGGGAACAGGUGUUUACUUCCAAACUGGUGCGACUUUGCAAGGAUGACACGGCAUUCAACUCGUACGUAGAGGUUCCCCUUGGUUGUGUCAAGGGUGGUGUGGAAUAUCGCCUUCUCCAGGCUGCCUACUUGUCUAAGGCAGGCUCCAUCCUGGCUCGCUCGCUGGGCGUGGGACCGGACGAUGACAUCCUUUACACCGUGUUCUCCAAAGGCCAGAAGAGGCGGCCAAAGGAAUCGUCUCAAGAGUCAGCCUUGUGCGUGUUUGUCCUGAAGGACAUCAAUGAGAGAAUUAAAGACCGGCUACAGUCCUGUUACAAAGGAGAGGGCACGCUGGAUCUGGCCUGGCUCAAAGUGAAGGAUAUUCCCUGCAGCAGUGCGCUCCUGAGCAUCGACGAUAAUUUCUGCGGGUUGGAUAUGAAUGCGCCGCUCGGGGUGUCCGAGAUGGUCCGUGGGAUUCCGCUGUUCACUGAAUCCAAUGACAAAAUGACCUCUGUGAUUGCCUACGUCUACAAGAACCACUCGCUGGCCUACGUAGGCACCAAGAGUGGCCGUCUGAAAAAGAUCCGGGUGGAUGGACCUUUCCAUGGAGCUUUUCAGUAUGAAACAAUGCAGGUGGUGGAAAACGGGCCGAUCCUGCGUGACAUGGCCUUCUCGGCUGAUCAGCACUUCCUGUAUGUGAUGUCAGAGACCCAGCUCACUCGUGUUCCAGUAGAGGCUUGUGAGCAGUAUUCAUCCUGCAAAGAGUGUCUGGGCUCCGGAGAUCCUCACUGCGGCUGGUGUGUGCUGCACAGCAUGUGCACCAGAAAGGAGAAGUGCGAGAGGUCAUCUGAGCCACGCCGCUUCACCUCGGACAUCAAGCAGUGUGUCAGGCUGAGCGUCCACCCCAGCAACAUCUCAGUGUCCCAGUACAGUGUCACGCUCAUCCUGGAGGCCCAUAAUGUUCCUGAGCUCUCCGCUGGCGUAAACUGCACCUUUGAAGACCUGGCUGAGAUGGACGGAUUUGUGGAAGGCAAUCGCAUCACUUGCAGCUCUCCUGCUGAGAAAGAGGUUCCGCGCAUCGUUGUAGAUCAAGGUGACCAUCAGAUUGUGCAACUCUACCUCAAAUCUAAAGAAACAGGACUAGCUUUUGCCAACACAAGCUUUGUAUUCUACAACUGCAGUGUCCAUAAAUCGUGUCUUUCUUGUGUUGGAAGCCCGUAUCAAUGUCACUGGUGCAAGUACCGUCACAUCUGCACACAUGACCCGCGCAGCUGCUCUUUCCAAGAAGGACGUGUCAAGCAGCCAGAGGAAUGUCCCCAGCUGCUUCCCGCUGAUAGGAUCCUAGUGCCAGUGAAUGUAGUGAAGCCCAUCACGCUACGUGCCAAGAACUUACCCCAGCCUCAGUCAGGCCAGCGUGGAUACGAGUGUGUGCUCAUCAUCCAGGGGGUGGAGCAAAGAGUCCCCGCCCUCCGCUUCAACAGCUCCAGCGUGCAGUGCCAGAACACCUCGUACGCAUAUGAGGGGAUGGAGAUGAGCAGCCUCGCUGUAGAGCUGACGGUCAUCUGGAAUGGAGACUUCAGCAUCGAUAACCCGGCCCAAAACAAAGUACACCUGUAUAAAUGCGACGCAAGGCGUGAGAGCUGUGGCCUGUGCCUGAAGGCUGAUCCGCUGUUCGGCUGUGUGUGGUGUAAAGCGGAGAAGCGCUGCACACUCAAACAGCACUGCCCUCAUCCACAGAGCAUGUGGCUCGAACACAACGGCAUCAACAGCAAAUGCACACAUCCAAAAAUCACCAUGAUUACCCCGAUGCGAGGGCCUCGGGAAGGGGGUACACUGGUGACGAUCCACGGAGAGAACCUUGGCCUGGAUUUCCACGAGAUCCAGGACAACGUUAAGGUGGCCGACGUGGAGUGUACACCCGUACCGGAGGGAUACAUCCCUGCUGAGCAGAUAGUGUGCGAGAUGGGAAAAGCUGAGUCGAGUCAGUAUGCCGGAAACGUCCAAGUCUGCGUGGGGGAGUGUCAGCCCGAGUUCAUGGCCAAGUCCUCCAAGUACUACUACUUUGUGGUCCCUAAACUCCAGGCUCUGAAGCCCAGCCGUGGCCCCGUAUCAGGAGGCACCAUCGUCAACAUCACAGGAAGCAACCUGGACUCCGGAAGCAACGUGUCCAUCAUGUUCAAGGACCAGAAGUGCACUUACCACAGACGAGGGGGUCUUUGGCUCACGUGUCGCUCUCAUGCAUCGACUCAAGGCACCGGGGAAGUAACCGUAUCUGUUUAUGUAGACAAGGCCCACCUCCAGAAGGACCUCCAAUUCGAGUAUGUAGAAGAUCCGACUAUCACCAAGCUGGAACCUGAAUGGAGCAUAUUCAGUGGAAACACACCAGUGACAGUGACUGGAACCAACCUGGACAUCAUCCAGAACCCACAAAUAAGAGCCAAGUACAACAACCAGGAGACGACCAACGGUUGCCAAGUGCUCAGUUCCACCAUGAUGCUGUGCCAAGCCCCAGCGCUGCCGGGUGGCCUGAGCAGGCAGAAGGAAGAGGUGGAGAAACCCGACGAGUUCGGCUUUAUCCUCGACAACGUGCAGGCCGUAUUGGCUUUGAAGAACAUCAACUUCCUGUAUUACCCCAACCCUGUGUUCGAGCCUCUCAGCACAUCCGGGGUGCAGGAGCUCAAGCCCGGAUCUCCCAUUAUUCUGAAGGGCCGGAACUUCCUCCCUCUUACCCCCGGUGGCAACGGUAAACUGAACUACACAGUUCUGAUCGGAGACAAGCCCUGCGCGUUAACCGUAUCUGACACCCAGCUGCUGUGUGAAUCGCCCAAUCUAACCGGACGCCACAAAGUUCUGGCGCGUGUAGGCGGCAUUGAGUUUUCCCCUGGCGUGGUCCACAUCACCUCCGACAGCCCCCUCAGCAGCACCGCCAUCAUCAGCAUCGCCGGAGCAGGAUGCCUUCUUAUCCUCUUCAUCAUCGUCGUGCUCAUCGCGUACAAGCGCAAGUCCCGUGAAAGCGACCUGACCCUGAAACGCCUGCAGAUGCAGAUGGACAACUUGGAAUCCAGAGUUGCGCUGGAGUGUAAAGAAGCAUUUGCAGAACUGCAGACGGAUAUUAACGAGUUGACCAGUGACCUGGAUGGAGCAGGGAUCCCGUUUCUGGACUACAGAACCUACACCAUGCGUGUGCUCUUCCCUGGCAUCGAGGAUCAUCCUGUCCUUAAAGACCUGGAGGUCCCGGGCUACAGGCAGGAGCAGGUGGAAAAGGGUCUGAAGCUUUUCGGUCAGCUGAUCAACAACAAGGUGUUUCUGCUGAGCUUCAUCCGAACUCUGGAGUCUCAGAGAGGUUUCUCCAUGAGAGACCGCGGCAACGUGGCGUCACUCAUCAUGACCGUGCUGCAGAGCAAGCUGGAGUACGCCACUGACGUCCUCAAACACCUGCUGUCUGACCUCAUCGACAAGAACCUGGAGAGCAAGAACCACCCCAAACUUCUGCUGCGCAGGACGGAGUCUGUUGCGGAGAAAAUGCUGACGAACUGGUUCACGUUUCUUCUCUACAAAUUCCUAAAGGAGUGUGCCGGCGAGCCGCUGUUUUCCCUCUUCUGUGCCAUCAAGCAGCAGAUGGAGAAAGGCCCUAUCGACUCCAUCACAGGGGAGGCGCGCUACUCUCUCAGUGAGGACAAGCUCAUCAGGCAGCAGAUCGACUACAAGACACUGGUGGUGAACUGCAUUCACCCGGACAACGAGAAGAGCCCAGAGAUUCAAGUGAAAGUUCUGAACUGUGACACAAUCAGCCAAGUAAAGGAGAAGAUCCUGGAUGCCAUCUACAAGAACGUUCCUUAUUCCCACCGCCAGAAAGCCUCAGACAUGGACCUAGAGUGGCGUCAGGGCAGAGGAGUUCGGAUCAUCCUUCAGGACGAGGACAUGACCACAAAGAUCGAGAGUGACUGGAAGAGGCUCAACAUGCUGUCUCAUUACCAGGUGUCGGAUAACGCGCUGGUGGCCAUCGUACCAAAGCAGGUCACAGCCUACAACUCCGUCAACAACUCCACCGUCUCCAGGACAUCCGCUAGCAAAUACGAAAACAUGAUUAAAUACACAGGCAGCCCAGACAGCCUGCGCUCUCGUACACCCAUGAUCACUCCUGACCUAGAGAGCGGAGUGAAAGUCUGGCACCUGGUGAAGAACCACGAGCACGGAGACCAGAAGGAGGGUGACCGUGGGAGCAAGAUGGUCUCUGAGAUUUACCUGACCAGGCUUCUGGCUACCAAGGGCACGCUGCAGAAGUUUGUAGACGACCUCUUUGAGACCAUCUUCAGUACGGCACACAGAGGAAGCGCGCUCCCCCUCGCCAUUAAGUACAUGUUUGACUUCCUGGACGAGCAAGCUGACAAGCACAGCAUCCACGACCCUCACGUACGGCACACAUGGAAGAGCAACUGCCUACCUCUGAGGUUUUGGGUGAACGUGAUUAAAAAUCCCCAGUUUGUGUUUGACAUCCACAAGAGCAGCAUCACGGACGCCUGCUUGUCUGUCGUGGCUCAGACCUUCAUGGACUCCUGCUCCACAUCUGAGCACCGCCUGGGUAAAGACUCGCCCUCCAACAAGCUGCUGUACGCCAAGGACAUCCCCAGCUACAAGAGCUGGGUGGAGAGAUACUACUCAGACAUCAAUAAGAUGCCCGCCAUCAGCGACCAGGAUAUGAACGCUUACCUGGCUGAGCAGUCCCGUAUGCACAUGAACGAGUUUAACACCAUGAGCUCCCUCAGCGAGAUCUAUUCCUACGUGGGAAAGUAUGCAGAGGAGAUUGUGUGCGCUCUGGAGGAGGACGACAGCGCCAGGAAACAGAGACUGGCCUUCAAGCUGGAACAGGUGGUCGCCUUCAUGAGCCUGGAGAGCUGAGGUCCACGUUUCCCAGAGCGCACUGGGACCGCCGUCAGAAAA